GCUUAAAAAUAUAUGACCGUUGAGACGCUCCCCUCGUUUAAAUCCCAAUUCAAACUAAUCGCAAAAACUCUGCAACGAAACCAAACUCAUUCUCGGAUUCCAGCUACAAAACAGCAUUCUGAUCUCUCUAUUUCUUCUUCUUCCUCCCUCUAGGUAUUUGAUUUCUUACUUCAAUGUCUAAGAUGAGGUCUGAUCGCAGGCCGCCGCUCGCCAGAUCGCCCUUGCGGCUCAGAUCUCGCCAGGUUCUUCAAUCGAAUUCAACAACCUCGUUACAAACGCCGCCCGGUUCUUUGACGAAAUCGCUGAAAACGAACCGUCCUUCGGAUCUGCAAGCAUCGGAGCUCCGACCUGAGUAUCGGACGAUUACUUGCGAAUUACAGGCUCUGGCUAGCAUGGUUAGGAUGGAAUUAGGAUGUGAAGAGUCUGGAACUGGCGGAGUAGGUGAUCAAUUAGGCGUGAAUUCGAGUACUCUGUUCGAGCGAGGGAGAUUCUACGAUGAGUAUUCCGCGAGGAGGAACGAGAGGCUCAAGCGAAAGAAAGCCGAAUCCGUGGCCGAGAUCAAGACUCCCUAUAGACUCGGUGUGACGGUUGAAUCUUCAAAGCGACACAGUUCAAAGAAGGUUGUUAAUAGCUUGAGGAAAUCGGUUUCUGCGGCGUAUUCUGUGGAGCGGAAGGAGGCGGCUCCUAGGUAUUUGCUGCGGAGCAUGACGAAGGAAAACAAGAUGCCACCAUUAGCGGUGGAUCUAGAGAGAUCUGUGAUUACUGCAGGAGAAACAAAAAUCGGCACUCGAAGAGUCAGAAGAAUCUGAAGAAUUAGGGAUCAGAUCUGUGCGUCAGGUGAAAUUCUUGUUUUCCUCCUUUCGUUAUCUUUCGUUCUUAAUCUUUAUUUUGGAUCUGAUCGUGAACGAAACUGGAUUAAUCUUUUCCUUCUUUCUUUUUUGAUUUCUUUUCUUAUUGUGUUUUGGAUUUGGAUUUGGAUAGGCUUGUGUAUGUUUGGUCUGCUUAAGAAAUUUCCAAUUCGGAAAAAUCUGACCAAGUUUCUACCUCUCAACCACACUUCGCCAGCAGAGAGGCAUAUAGAACACAAAUAGCUUUUAGGGCUCCUUCUUACAGAUUCUGCGAAUUCUACCAAGUUUUUGUCAUUUCUUUUCGCUUUUUUUAUAUGAAAGAUAGCAUUGGAAUAGACACAGAAAAUCCUACAAAUUGUAUGUGAAUGAGAUCGGUCUUGAAUGUGAAUUCAUCAUUUCUAUGUC